CUUCUCCUCCCCCUUUUGUUUGUGACGUUGAACGAAUAUCACAAAUAUAAUAUUUUGCAACACUCCCCGCCAUGUCUUUAUAUCUGACCUAGCAUCAAGCUCUGACUAGAGCUCACGGCCUCUAUUUUCACCCUUGGCUCCCGUAAUAGAUAUUUUGAUAUGAUUUCCAACAUUCCCCGGAGGCCUGAUGGCUACUCUCAGAUUAGGAAAGCCUUCUCCGGCUAGAAGGCCAUUCUUAGACAAAUGCGAGAUGUGGUUGAAAUCACUUCCAGGUUAACACAGUCAGAGCCAUCAUGGAGUCUGCUCUGGUUAAGCCCAACUUGAUCGAUACGGCUGGUUUCGAGAGCUGGACAAGCAGGAUGCAGGCAUCGAUUCUGCUGUUCUCUUCGCUGUUGCGGUUACUAUCAAUAUUAAACGAGUCACUCCAUGAUACCGAUUAUGAGGUACAGAAUCCACCGUUGGCCUCCCAGAGACCACACCCAAGGAGGAUAGGAGAUCAUAUCAUGUUACUGCGGUGAAAGAGCUACAAUCCAUGUCGGCCACCGAUGUAAAUCUCCCACCGGUCAACUUGGCAGCCCCUCAUGAGGUUGAUAUAGGGAUCGAACUUCCCAAAACCUCCUACAGUUGACUGAUUGCGUGUGGCCCAAGAAAUGUUUAAGAUGCAUGUCUUUACCGAAAUUCAGCAACUGAAAGCCAAUUCUGCGGCUAUGGCUUUUGUCAUUUGAGCAAUAAAUGGAUUCUGCUGUCAGAGUUGGUCAUAUUAUCCAUAUGCACAUGGAUAUAUCGACAAUUCGACGGACAACCUGGAAAUGACGCUCCUUCCUCAUUACGGUGUCAUAUAUCUGGGUUGUGCCCGCCCAGGAUAUCUACGUUUUCUGCAGGAAGGCACGCGUUCGAGUAACUGUUGGAGAUAUCUGUGUAUCAUGGAUCGUUCCUACCUAUCCCGAACGUGGUAUCACUUCCAAUUACGAGAGGCAACGUACAUUCCACGCGACCGUCCUUCUCUUAUAUGAUACACCAUCAGUGACUUCAGGCUAUCUGACUUUUACCAACGCUUUAGCUCUACUUGACAUUCUUACCGCUUUAUCGAGACUAUAGUCGUUAUUAUACAUACUUGUUCUUUUACUAUUCAAUCGUUGAAGUACAAAAUUAGAGGCACUCGGUUUCCCCAUUCUCGCCUCACUAACACUCGUUCACGAAUGAAGGGCUGUGGAAUUUCACACGGAUUAUGACGCCGGGACAAAAGCGGAAGAUACGAACGUCCAGAAGUUUUUUCGGUCUUCUGGCGUCGAAUAAGGUCAUCAUACUCGACGGUGAUACACAAGCAGUGCGCAGUGAUUCCCCAGCAUCAACACCCGAUAGCAUCCUCGCGAAUCCUAGCGGCAAGGCAAAAGUGAAGGCAUUUCUCAAAAGAAAAAGCUCGAGUCUGUUAUAUAUGCUGAAGACUCGAGGUAGCGGAGAUCGCAGGGACUUUCGAUCCCCCACGAGACGAGGCUUUUGUCAGAACAGCCCAAGUCGCCCAGGAUUAGAUCCCAUCAUUUUAGCUGAAACCACUACGGCUGAUGAACCUGGAUCAGCCCAAAUAACCUCCGGCGAAUUGGAGACAAAUAGCUCAGCUACGACAUCGAUGCGUGAAGGACCUACUAGAGCGUUUUCGCAAUUAGCAGCAAUAUCUCCGUUUGUUGCCCGAGAGGAAUUUCGCCCCUAUCAAGAAAAUAACCUGGAUACUGCACAGACUGUUGAUUAUACAGGAACUAAUGGCAGGCAUCCGGUAUUCGGGGUUCGCCGGAGCCACUCCACAUCUGGACUCUCACAUCUGAUAUCUCACAAAUUCUCAAUGCCUUUUGGCCAACCGACAGUAGUUCAUCGUGCCAAUCUACGGUCAAGGCCCGGAAUACCUAGUAUCUCUGGCGCGUUUUCCCUCCCCCCUUCCAAUGCUGCUGGGGCUGGCAACCCAGGGCAUGAAGAGCAAAAUGACUCUGAUCCUUCCACCGCCACCCAAAGUGGGAGCGGCUCAUCCCCCUUUAGCCAGUCAACAAGUCCAACAUCUGAUGGUUCACCUAUUUCACUACAGUUUACGAAACUAGCACGCUCAGAGGCAAAUAACCAAGCACAGGAUAAAGCUGUUAUGGUCUCUACUAGUUUUGACAAGAAAUCACGCCGGACUGAUCAGGUACCUCCUGUUGUUCCUUCCAUUUUAACAGUCGAAGCUACUGCAACAGCAAAAAUAUUUUUUGAAACGCAUUUCAAUGCCAUUUUUUCGGACGAAACACCACGCGCUAAACGACACCGCGAAUUGGAAGAAAGAUUAUACUCGUUGCCACUAACUUUAGAAGAGCGAGCAAAAGCCAGACAGGCAUGGAAUCGGCAGGAAUCUGAGUACUUACGCCAGGAGCGUGUCCUCAAAACUCGUUCCAACUUUCUAAGAAACGGAGAGAGUGUCUCUAUCGCUGGCUAUGAAGUCAUUAAAGUCCUCGGGAAGGGUAGUUUCGGGGUCGUACGCCUUGUUAAGGAAAAGAAUACUGAAGAACAUCAGACCGCAGCAACAGAGGCCAAUAAAUCACCCGCCAGGAGUGACUUAAGUUAUAUCAAAGCUAGUACGAUAGACGCGUUGAGAUCUGCAGUGGACGGAAGAGCCUCACGUCGAAGAGAUAUAAGCAAAAUGAAAAAAGAAGUGUACGCAAUGAAAGUCAUUCGCAAAUCCGAAAUGUUGCGGAACUGUCAAGAGGGACAUCUUCGCGCUGAGAGGGAUUUCCUGGUUGCCUCCGAAAAAUCAAGAUGGAUUGUGCCACUUAUUGCGAGCUUCCAGGACGUGAAUAACCUGUAUCUUGUGAUGGAUUAUAUGAUUGGGGGAGACUUCCUGGGACUCCUGAUUCGAAAAAAUAUCCUCUCUGAAGAUGUCACUAGAUGGUAUGUGGCGGAGAUGGUUCUCUGUAUCGAGGAAGCCCACAGACUCCGAUGGAUACAUAGAGACGUGAAACCGGAUAAUUUUCUUAUAUCCGCGUCAGGGCAUCUGAAGAUUUCAGACUUUGGUCUUGCUUUCGAUGGCCAUUGGUCCCAUGACCAGUCAUACUUCAACAAUCACAGGCAUUCUUUGCUUAAAAAACUGGGUAUUCAUGUUGAAGGUGAUUUUCAGGAUCGGGAGGAAGUUGCUAAAGCUGCGGAACGUCAGAAUGAGAAGGAUCGGAAAAGGUCAUCUGCAAAUUCUGGAGCAAGCGAAGAUCGCCAUCCCGAAAUUUGGGGCCCUGGUCCGAACGAUGACAUCCUGCGCUGGAGGAACAGAAAGGAAAAGAGAAAGCUUGCUAGAAGCGUAGUGGGUACGAGUCAAUAUAUGGCACCCGAAGUUAUACGCGGCGAUCUAUAUGAUGGGCGCUGUGACUGGUGGAGCGUUGGCGUGAUUCUCUAUGAGUGUCUGUAUGGGUUCACCCCGUUUGCGGCAGAAACCCGCCAUGACACCAAAGUUAAGAUAUUGAAACACGCGGAAACACUAUACUUUCCACAUGACAAACCUUCUGACAGGCUAAUUUCGACCGAAGCAAUCGACCUGAUUGGACAAAUGCUUCAGGAAAAGGAAUACCGCCUUUGCUCGAAAAAAUAUAUGCUCAACGACUAUGUGCAUUCAAAAAAACUUCCUGGUGGGCUCCUCAAUCGGCCAUCGAAUAAACAGAGUACAAAUUACCAGGGGUACUAUGUUUAUCCGGACGAUGCGGGUGAUAUUAAGGACCAUCCUUUUUUCAAAGGUAUUAGAUGGGAAGAACUGCAUUCUCGUAAACCCCCGUUUGUUCCAAAAGUGAAGAGCUGGGAAGAUACAAAAUAUUUUGAAGACGAAGAUCCGAUUAGCGAUAUGGAGGAUGGGUCGAGUCAUGGGGAUACCUGCCCUGAAAACGAGGCCCCUAAUCCGGUAGCCAAUAACUUAGAUUCAAGUCACACGGUUCAAGUGAUGGAUAUCGGAGCCCAAACUGAUGGCCCUCAAGCUGCAAGCAUGAAGGAAGUAUUGAAACAGAACGGAAAACCGGGGCCAGAGGCUGCACAAGAAAAAUGGCAGAAGAAAAGGAAAGAGAAGAAGAGACCCAGAGACAAGAUUUUGCGCGACGAAAUAAUUGGACGACAGGCGCUCAAUCUGAGGAAGCGGGGAGCCUUUCUGGGGUAUACAUACCGACGGCCGAAAGAUUUUUUACUCGGAUUUGAGACCGAUCGUGGGAGAUCUUUGAUCGGCCUUGGAGAGAGUUGAACUGAGAUAGGGCAGCCCUUUGGUCUUCGUGCGAAACCAGCAUGAGCUAUUCCUCCACCGUCGCUUGCUGAACGUUUUUCAUUACUAUAUUGCCAUGAGUUUCUCUUGUCUCGUUUCAUAGAGUCCUGGUUUGUUAACCCUGGUUAAUGCGAGUCCUUUCUGUUUGACUGUCACUCGUUCGACCAAACCACUUGGUCCUCUCAUUAUUCAUCCCCGCUCCUUAUCAAGGAAUAGGAAACAGACAAAGGUUUUAUUUUUAGUUUAAAUUUCGAUCUUUCAGAAGUCAGUCAUCCUUUCGCGGCUAAUUCAUUCGAAAAAGCUGUUAGAAAGGCCUCAGAUUGAAUUGAACACUUAUUACGGGUCUGAGAGAUGUUCUCAUUGUCCUUGAAUUCACCCUGCGCGACUGCCCCCUCUCCGCAAACUAGGGGUAUGUAAUUGUAUAUGGUAAAUAUAAUGCCAAAUUGCCUCUCCUACUUGUGAACCCCUGGAAAAUUAAUGUCCAACCUUCAUUCGUAAACACCCAUGGAAGAAACAAAAGGAACCGCGGAAGAAAAAGAGCCAACUCAAAUAUCGAAAGAAUUAAUGCCAGUGGGUAUGUAUGAUGCAAAUAUAUGACUGCACAAAGUUGAAGGUUCCGGGAUAAAUUCAAGGAAAAACGAUCGAUGACAAGUUUGAUGCGCCAUCUCGUGAGGAAAUGUAAAGCAGGUGCGGGGGCAUUUCAAAGCCCCUUAGAAGUAAUUAGUGGUUUCCAGGCUAGGGUACAUACACAGUGGGAAUAGCAAAGCCGGGUAAGGAACUGAUGGAGGGUGGGAUACCGAAGGUUGACGAAACAGCGCAGACGUCGAGUACCGGCGGAGACGCAGGUUGAGAGCUUGAAUUCCGACCUUUUGAGGAGAGGGGAUGCGAAAGUUCGACUCUAGGGUUCAUCAAAUGUCGACAACGUAAAGGAAGGGGGGGGCGGGUGGGUGAGUGAAGCGGCUUUUCGCAACGUUUCUACAGCGCUGGAGGUGCACCCAUGGCAAAGGCGGACCCGCUGAGGCCGUCUUCGACUUUCAUCGUGCCGUUUAAGAGAGGACAUAGCCUAGAGUUUGGAUGGCCAUGGCAAUAAAGGGGGCCAGAUGUUAGUUGUUUUGUUUACAAAAUAAUGUGGUGUGGUGAAAUAGAUAAGAUGAAUUAAAGACUGAUAAUGUUGCUGUACAGGAAGGUGAGUGGGUUUGUUGCAGUCUUUUGGGAUCCAGGGCCAUGAAAAAUGUUGAGUGCGUCAAGGGGCAAAAACUUAGGGGUAGCGUUUAUCAGGAGUUAAGUAAAAUAUCUCGCGCACUUUUUGUUGGUUUUGAUGUGUCCGACUUGGCCGCAAUUUGCGCAUUUUCUUUGGGUUCCUCCUCCUUUGGGGCCGGUAGUAGUGGGGGAAUUCGUAGCUCCGGGUGACGCGCUAUCCGAUGUAAUGCCUUUUUGUCUUUCACGGGCAUGGCGCCGCUCCUUGUUACGUUGAAGGCGUUGAAGCUCGAAUUGUAGCCUAGUUUAACUUGUAUUAGCCUUGUUUUUUGAAAAAUAAGGUAACAUAGGUGGGUAGUUCCAUGCAAAAGGACCGGGUGUUUUU